AUGACUAAAGUGACCCUCCUCGGCGCCUCCGGUGGUAUCGGCCAACCAUUGUCUAUGCUCCUCAAGCUGAACCCUAUGAUCACCACGCUCGCCCUCUAUGAUAUCAAGCAGGCCAUGGUCCCGUGUGCGGGAGUAGCUGCUGAUAUAAGCCACAUUAACACUCCUGCUAAGGUCGUCGGCUAUGCUGGUGACGACGAGAUUGAGGCGGCCCUAACCGGCGCGAAUGUUAUUGUGAUGACAGCUGGUGUCCCUCGCAAGCCCGGCAUGACCAGAGAUGACCUCUUUAAAAUCAACGCUGGUAUUGUUCGCGGUUUGGCGACCGCCUCGGCUAAGUACGCCCCUAAGGCGACGUUGUGCAUUGUGUCUAACCCAGUCAACUCCACUGUCCCCAUCGCCGCUGAGAUCUACAAAAAAGCUGGAGUUUUUGACCCAAAGAAAAUCGUCGGUGUCACCCAAUUGGACAUCACUCGUGCGAACACAUUCGUGAGUGAGAAAACCGGUCUGGACGUAGAGCAUAUGGACGUUCCUGUCAUUGGCGGUCACGCUGGUGAGACCAUCAUGACGCUGUUCUCCCAGGCUAGGCCCGAAAUCAAGCUCGACCAGGGGACCAUCGAAGAGCUGGAUAAGCGUAUUCAGAACGCUGGUACGGAGGUUGUCGAGGCGAAGAACGGCGCUGGUUCGGCGACACUGUCAAUGGCCUAUGCGGCGGCUAAGUUCGUUGACGUUAUUAUUCGUGGUCAGCGCGGCCAAAUUACCGCUGCAUGCGCCUACAUUAACGAGCCUUUCGAAGAUGUCUCGUAUUUCUCGUAUAGAUGUGACUUUGGCCCUGAAGGUGUGUCCAGAGUUCACGGACUAGAGGGCCUAACUGCGUACGAGAAGGGGCGCCUUGGGGAGGUCAAGAAGAAGUUGAAGGGCGACAUUCAGAAUGGCCUCACCUUCGCCAACAGCUAA